AUCAUUUUGUUUCAUUCUAAUCGAUAGAGUUGUUUUACGACAGCUGUGAUGAAGAUGUAAAUAUAUACCCGGUGUAAAACUAUUUAGAAAACUUCUGUGAAAUUAUAUUCUGUUGAAUUUUGCCUAUGCACGCGGUCACUGUUGAGAACGGCGAGGAGCGCCGCCAUUGCAGUUACCAUAAGAUGACCAUGCGCCGGUCGGGCUGCUACCGUUGUUUCAGAUUCGCAUUGCGUCAGUGGUGCUGAGCCGCGGGCUGCCGACGACUACAGUUCCACCGCAACGUUUUAAUCACUCCGUUCGGGCACGCACAUAUAUAUUUCCGUUUUUUUCUUUUUGUUCGUCCCUUCUAAAACGGUGGAAUUUGAGUGAAUUUCUAUAUCUAUUAUUUUUAUAUUUUUGCAUUCAAAUCGUUGUGAAAUGUUAAAAUUACUUUAAAAUACUUUAAUGUAAUUAAUAUCUGUAUUUGUAAUUUUUCUUUAUUUUUAUCGACUCGAUGUAAUCGGCCCCAUGUCCCGUGCUCAACUGAUUCAUGUCGCUUAAACGUUGGUUGGGCGCGACAAUGACGAAUACUGCAAUAGUCAUUUAUGUGACCGCUUUAUUAAUUACAAUUAUCGGAUGGCUGCCCUCAUCUGAAGCAGGAUGGCAAGACAACGUCAGGCCCAAAAUAUCUGCUAUCCGAAGUAAGUUGAAACAAAAAGAAAUUGAUUUAUCAAAUUAUUAUAAGUAUUUACGUAAAGUGUCAGAGCAUAGCAAGAUAUUUUCUGGAAAUAAUACUCAUACUGACUAUUUUAAAACACUGCUUAGGGAUGGCAAUAAUAUUCUGGUCGGCGCAAGGAAUAUGAUGUAUAAUCUCAGUUUACCAGAUCUAACAGAAAAUCAGAGAUUAGAAUGGCAUUCUACUGAUGUUGACUAUAAAUUGUGCUUAGUUAAAGGCAAAGAUGAGGAUAACUGUCAAAAUUAUAUUCGAGUUUUGGCAAAAACUUCUUCUGGCCAACUAUUGAUCUGUGGAACAAAUUCUUACAAACCACUUUGUCGGGAUUAUUCCAUAGAAUCUGGUAGUUACUCACUAGAAAAAGAAAGCCCGGGUCAAGCGGUAUGUCCUUAUGAUCCAAAACAUAAUAGUACUUAUGUUUAUGUUGACGGUAAUCUUUUUUCUGCGACUGUAGCUGAUUUCUCUAGCAUGGAUCCAAUAAUUUAUAAAGGACAACUACAGACUGAGCAAUACGACUCUUUAAGUCUUAAUGCUCCACAUUUUGUGCAUUCCUUUGCCAAUGGCGACUUUGUUUACUUCUUUUUCCGAGAGACUGCUGUCGAAUAUAUAAACUGCGGAAAAAACGUAUUUUCCCGAGUUGCCAGAGUAUGUAAGAAUGACCGCGGUGGACCGCAACAACUCAAAAAUCGAUGGACUUCAUAUCUUAAGUCUCGUCUUAACUGUUCUGUUCCUGGAGAGUUUCCAUUUUAUUUUAAUGAAAUCCAAUCUGCCACUGAUCUGGUACAAGGUAACUAUGGUGGAAAGCCAUACCAAAUGAUGUAUGGUGUAUUCACAACUCCUGUUAAUAGCAUCUCUGGAUCAGCGGUGUGCGCAUUUUCUUUAGCUGAUAUACUUGAUUCGUUUGAAGGUGAAUUUAAGGAACAAAAAACUAUUAAUAAUAAUUGGCUCCCAGUUCCUGGCUCAAAAGUCCCUGAUCCAAGACCAGGCCAGUGUGCCAAUGAUUCUAGAACUCUUCCUGAUCUUACGCUCAAUUUUAUUAAAAGUCAUUCACUUAUGGACGAUGCUGUUCGAUCCUUUUAUCAGCAGCCCAUUAUAAUACGCACAAGUGUCAAUUAUAGAUUCACUGUUAUUGCUGUCGAUCCUCAAGUAAAGGCUAUUGAUGGCAAAACAUAUGAUGUGUUAUUUAUUGGCACUGAUAGUGGAAAAGUUUUAAAAGCAAUAAAUGCAGCAAGUGCAGAUAGUACAGAAAAAGUUAGCCCAGUUGUUAUAGAAGAGCUAUAUGAAUUUGGUGGUCCUGGGACAACUGCUGCUGUAAGAAAUAUUCAGCUUGAAGGGAAAAGGUUGCUAGUUGUUACUGAUAGACAAGUUGUCUCUCUUCCAUUAGAUAGAUGUCAAAACACAUUCAUCAGCACUUGCAGUGAAUGUAUUGGACUUCAAGACCCGUACUGUGCAUGGGAUAAAGUGAAUAAUAAAUGUCGUUCUAUGCGAGAAAUAACCUCCAGCCGAUGGCAUGAAUUUUACCAAAAUAUUCAGAAUGGUAUGCAUAAUGAAUGUCCAGGUAUUAACCGUAAAGAUAUCUUUGCUUCUAAUGCUCAAAGUGGUAUAAUUGGAAAAUCAUUUGAAGAUAUUGGCGAUGCUAAUACAAUUAACAUUUCACAAGAUGAUCAAGCGCCUUCUUUUGGAACUAAUAAUGAUGAUGUUAAAGUUGAUGAACGUCAAGAAGAUGGUUACACUAUGGAAACUGUAUUAACUGCUGUAUUUGCUGCCUGUUUAGCAGCAUUGUUAGCUGGAUUUAUAGCUGGUUUUGCUUGUGCUAGAAGAUGCACAAAAAGUGAAGAUGAUAAUCUACCAUAUCCAGAUACUGAGUAUGAGUAUUUUGAGCAAAGACAUAAUAUGAAUGCAAGAAGAUUAGGUGAACCAAAGCUUUUACCUCAAGAGGAAGUUACGUAUGCUGAACCAGUUCUUAUACCUCCUAACAAAGUAAUACAUGGCUCACCAAAAGCAACACUUAGGCAUGCACCUAUGCCACCAAUGGGAUUUUCUCAGUUCCAACCAAAUAAUACACAGGAAAGUUACUAUUCUCAACAACAAAAUAUAAGAGAUCAUUUUGGAACACUUCGAUCCCAACGAGAACAUAAGAAUGAUGGAAGCAAUUAUAGGGAUGGUUUUGGUACAACUAGAAGUGUAAAAAAAGUAUAUCUCUGAGGUGCGUCGGAGGGGAGGGCUAGACCGCGUCAAAACAACGCAAAUGCUAGCAGCUCAUCAUCGCCUUCCCCUCCUAGCUCAUCACCAUCACCACCAGCUUCACCUUCUUUAGCAGCUCGUUUAACUCCUCAACCACCACCACAACAGCAACAGCCUCCAUGUAGUUUUAUUUAUAGAGCUGGUGUAUGAUUAUGAUUGUUAAUGAAACAAUAAUAUAAAUUUCAAAUAAUUGUAAUGUAUAUCAUAUGUUUCUGAAUAUUAUGCCAAAAACAAAUACAAUAAUGAUUUAAUAUUGAUUGAUGUCAUGUAGUCAUAACAUUACAUAAAUCUAAACUGACUAAAGAAAAUAUAGACAUCUCACUAAGAUAUUUGAAUACAAUAAUUACUAAUUAUUGUAACACAUAAAUAAUGUGUUUUUAUAUUUUAAACUAAACAUUAGAAAUUUUUUUUAGAUUGCUGCAAAUGUUUAUUUAUAAAAAAAAAUGUGAUAGUUAUUUUAAAGCCUUUAUUCGUAUAUAUAUUUAUAUAUAUAUAUAUAUAUAUAUAUAUAUAUAUAUACUUAUUUUUCUUUUCUUAUUUAGAAUAUUAACUUUCACGCUUUAGGGCUUUAUUUUUCAUUAUAUAUAUAUAGUUGUAUAUGUAAUUAUAUCUUAUAAAAAAUUUUUUCAAGAUUGUAAAUUAUUAUAUUAAUUAUUUUUUAAUUAUAUAAAUGCCAUUUAUAUCUCAUUGAUUUAUCUGAUAGAUUUAAAUAAAUAUAUUAUGUAUUUUUUAUUUAUCUUUUUUACCAUAUUAAUUAAGUAAAAUUAUUGAUAAUAGAUUGAAAUAAAGUCAAUUUUUCUGUAAAUAUAAACUCAAGUUUUUUUUUAUUCCAUUUUAUAGAUUUUCUUUUUACUUUUUUAUUUGUCAAUACCAAAGAGAGUACUGUAAAUUAAUUAUUGUAAACAUAAUAUACAUAUUUUUUUAGUAAUUUAAAUUUAUAUUGAACAAAUUAUAAACAUUGUAUACUUAAUAGAAUAUUGUAUAGUUUAAGUAGCUAUUUUUACAAUUUAUUUUCAUUGAAAUAAAAUCUAAUCUAUAUUAUGUGUAUGCUUAUUUGUUAUAAACUAAAUUAUUAUAUUUAACAUGCAAAUUUAUGCAUUCUGCUUUAACUAAAUUCUUAAUUCUGUAUAUAUUAUGAUAAUUUUGUUUUCAUUAUUUUUCCAUUAAAGUAUUUAUUCAGUUAUUUGAAAUAAUUAUUACUCAUAAUAGUUAUGAUUAGACACCAAUAAUUUAAUAAAAUAUAUAAAUUUAUUACUAUUGUAAAUUGUUAUUAUAAAAACAAAAUAAAACAUGCAAGGUCUUAUUUUUCAUUUUACAAUAAACAAGUAAUUAUUGAAAAUAAGGAGUGCUAAAUUAAUUCAUACAAUUCUUUAAAUUUUUCAUUAAACAUUUUAUUGGAUGUCUAUUAUUAUAGAAAGUGGCUAAUCAUAAUUAAAGUUAAUUUUUACCCAGCACAUACUAGAUAUUAAUUAAAUGCUGUCUUCCAAAAUGUAAUAACAAUUUUCAUCAAAUUUACUGUACAUGUAUAUUUUUUUUUUUUGCACAUUUAAAAUAUGAUAAAAAUUGUUUACUUAAGGAAAUCACUGUUUGAUAUCAAUUAUUCUAUUUUGUUGGACACAAUCAAAUUUGAUUGUUUGCAUUCACAUUUUUAAGUAAUGUUAUUAUUGAGUUAUAACUCGGUACUGAUUUUAGACUUAAUAAUAUAUAUUUUAAUUGAAAUGUUUUAUAUUAGUAACUGACAAAAAUUUUAGUCUUAGUUUACAGUUUUAUGUGUUCAAUGCAGAAAACUGCCCAGGAUACAUAAAAGUUUAAACUUAAAUUUAUUUUAGUAGAAUAAACCGUGGGAUCAAAAA